AUGAAUGUUGCCAAACCAUGCCCGACACGAAAAACUGACUGUAAGGCUGUGAUUAAUGCCUUAAAAGUCCAGGGAAAGAUGCGGUUGACCACAAUCCAUAAUACCCACAAUCAUGGGUUGAGUCCACAGAAAUCCCAGUUCUUCCGAUGUAAUCGCGAAGUUAGUGAGGCCAUAAAAAGAAUACUAGAUACUAACAACCUGGCUGGCAUUCGAAUGAACAAGAGCUUCAGAUCUCUUGUUGUUGGUGCGGGAGGAUUUCAGAACCUCCCAUUUUUGGAAAAAGAUUGUCGUAACUACAUCGGCAAGGCAAGACAUUUACGAAUUGGAGUAGGUGAUGCUGGAGCACUUCAAGACUAUUUUUCCAGGAUGCAAUACAAGAAUCCUAGAUUCUUUGCCUUGAUGGAUUUAGAUGAUGAUGGGAGGUUGAAGAAUGUAUUUUGGGUAGAUCCACACAGUAGGGUAACUUAUCAAGAUUUUGGUGAUAUGGUAACAUUUGACACCACGUACCUAACAAACAUAUAUGGAAUGCCCUUUGCACCCUUUGUUGGUGUAAACCAUUAUGGGCAAUCGAUUCUCUUCAGAGCAGGGUUAAUUUCUAGUGAGGACACAGAGACUUUUACAUGGUUAUUUCAGACCUGGCUAGAGUGUAUGGAUGGCAUAGCCUCGCCAGCUAUUAUUACUGACCAGGAUAGAGCAAUGAAAAAUGCAAUUUCUAUUGUAUUUCCAAAAGGCAGACAUAGAUUUUGCCUGUGGCAUAUUCUGAAAAAAGUCUCCGAAAAGCUUGGUUCCCAUCGUGUCUACAAAAGUGGCUUGAAAACUCAGCUGAUGAAAUGUGUGUAUGACAGUCAAACCAUUGAAGAGUUUGAGAAAUCUUGGGAAUAG